AAACCACCUCCUCCUCCUCCUCCUCCUCCUCCUCCUCUGCCAUCAUCAUCACCAACACCAUCACCAUCCUCGUUACUGUCACUGCCCCCACCACCUUCACCUCCACCACCACCAAAGCAACCAAACAUGCCAUUCCUCUUCCCUAAAACAGAUUCCAGAAUCCUCCCAGAUCCUUCAAACUUCUUCUCCCAAAACCUUCUAUCAAAUCCACUUCCCACAAACUCAUUCUUCCAAAACUUUGUCAUAAAAAACGGUGAUCAACCCGAAUACAUUCACCCUUACCUCAUCAAAUCAUCCAACUCCUCCCUCUCAUUCUCUUACCCUUCCCACUUGGCCACCCCCACUUUCAUAUCCCAAGUCUUCAACCCUGACAUAACCAUCUCCUCCAUAACCAAACCCGAUCAUGAUUACUCUCACUUGAAGCAUGUAAUCACUUCCUAUAGUGACCUGAGUGUAACUUUAGACAUUCCCUCUUGCAACUUGCGGUUCUUCCUUGUUAGAGGAAGCCCUUUUGUUACAUCAUUGGUAACCAAUAAUACGCCACUUCUUAUCACAACCAUUCAUGCCAUCACUUCAUUCUCCUCGAACAGCACUCUGACUAAGCACACCAUGCAACUCAACAAUGGUCAGACAUGGCUUAUAUAUACUACAACAGCAGUUACCAUGACUAAUAGUCGCCUUUCCGAAGUUACCUCUGAUGGGUUCUCUGGCAUUAUUAGAAUAGCAUUGCUGCCUGAUUCAGACACCAAAUACGAGUCAUUUCUUGAUAGGUUCAGCACUUGUUUUGCCAUCUCUGGUGAUGCUUUGUUUGCGAAAGCUUUUUGUGUCGAAUACAAAUGGGAAAAGAAAGGAUGGGGUGAGUUGUUAAUGCUAGCUCACCCUCUUCACCUUCAGCUUCUGUCAACUAACGAUUGUGAUGUAACGAUUCUGAAUGAUUUCAAGUAUAGAAGCAUUGAUGGGGACCUUGUUGGCAUUGUUGGAGACUCAUGGGUUUUGAAAAGUUACCCUGUUUCUGUUACUUGGCAUUCCGCUAGAGGAAUCAAAGAAUCUUCAUAUGAUGAAAUUUCUGCAGCACUUUCUGAAGAUGUAAAUUCUUUGAACAACUCAGGAAUAAUCACAACAACAUCUUGCUAUUACUAUGGGAAAUCCAUAACAAGAGCAGCGAGAUUGGCUUUGAUAGCUGAAGAGGUUUCAUUUCAUGAUGUCAUCCCGGUGAUUAGGAAGUUUUUGAAGGAUGCAAUUGAGCCAUGGUUAGAUGGAACUUUCGAAGGAAACGGUUUUCUCUAUGAUUCAAAAUGGGGAGGAAUUGUUACUUCACAAGGAUCUAAAGAUUCGAGUGCAGAUUUCGGAUUUAGUAUUUACAAUGAUCAUCAUUAUCAUUUGGGAUAUUUUCUAUAUGCAAUUGCAGUGCUUGCAAAGAUUGAUCCAGCAUGGGGAAGAAAGUAUAAGCCUCAAGCAUAUUCGCUUAUGGCGGAUUUCAUGAACUUGGGAAGAAGAUCAAACUCUAGUUACACCCGUUUGAGAUGUUUUGAUCUUUACAAAUUGCAUUCUUGGGCUGGAGGUCUAACUGAAUUCGCAGAUGGAAGAAACCAAGAGAGCACAAGUGAAGCUGUGAAUGCAUAUUACUCUGCAGCGUUGAUGGGUCUCGCUUAUGGCGACACCCAUCUUAUUGCAACAGGAUCAACUCUUGUAGCAUUGGAAAUGCAUGCAGCUCAAAUGUGGUGGCAUGUAAGAGAAGGAGAAAACUUGUAUGAUGAAGAUUUUGUGAAAGAGAAUAGAAUAAUGGGUGUUCUUUGGGCUAAUAAAAGAGACAGUGGUCUUUGGUUUGCUCCACCAGAAUGGAGAGAAUGUAGGCUUGGAAUUCAGGUUCUGCCAUUGUUGCCUAUAACAGAGACAUUGUUCUCUGAUGUUGGUUAUGUGAAGGAGCUUGUGGAAUGGACAAAGGCAAAUUUGAAUAGGAAAGGUGUUGGUGAAGGGUGGAAAGGCUUUAUCCAUGCCAUGGAAGGAACUUAUGAUAGAGAAAGUGCAUUGCAGAAGAUAAGAAGCUUGAAGGCUUUUGAUGAUGGAAACUCUCUAAGCAAUUUGCUGUGGUGGAUUCAUAGUAGAGGUGAUGUUGUUGAGGAAGAGUUUGAUCAUGGAAAACAUUAUUGUUGGUUUGACCAUUAUUGCCAUUAGGUGCUGUUCUUUAUGUUUUCAUGUUUCUAUAAUGUAAAUUUAAGAGGCUAAAGUUAAGAGUAACUAGCUAUUUAACC